GAUGUAAUCAAGUCACCAAAUAGUCAAGAAGAGGAAACUUCCGCCCAAGUUGCAGCUGAAAAGUCGCAGAAACACACAUGCAAUUGCUACAUCUUCUCUGAUCUUAUCUGAACAAUCUUGUAUGGCUUCUUCUUCUUCGUCAUCCUCUUCUCGCAAUUGGUUAUACGAUGUUUUUCCGAGCUUCAGUGGAGAAGAUGUCCGCAAGACGUUCCUCAGCCACUUUAUGAAGGAGCUAGAUCGGAAACUUAUCAUUGCUUUCAAAGACAAUGAGAUCGAGAGAAGCCGAUCGCUUGGUCCGGAGCUUAGACAAGCGAUUAAGGAUUCAAGGAUUGCGGUGAUCAUUUUCUCCACAAACUACGCCUCUUCAAGCUGGUGUAUGAAUGAGUUGCUUGAGAUUGUGAAGUGCAAAGAAGAGUGUUGUCAAAUGGUCAUACCGGUUUUCUACGGUUUGGAUCCUUCACAUGUGAGGAAACAGACGGGAGACUUCGGGAAGAUCUUUGACCAGACAUGCAAAAAUAAAACAGAGGACGAGAUCAUUCGAUGGAGGGGAGCUUUGAUUGAUGUAGCUAACAUCCUUGGAUAUCAUAGUGUCACCUGGGAUAACGAAGCAAGGAUGAUCGAGGAAAUCGCUAAUGAUGUUUUGGGUAAAUUGAAUUUAUCUCCAUCAUAUGAGGUUGAGGAUUUUGUUGGAAUUGAAGAUCACAUCAGAGCUAUGAGUUCAUUGCUUGAUUUGGAAUCCGAGGAAGUGAGAAUGGUCGGGAUAUGGGGUCCCUCUGGAAUCGGCAAGACUACCAUUGCAAGAGCUCUAUUUAAUCGACUUUCUCGUCGGUUCCAAAGUAGUGUUUUGAUAGAUAAAGUUUUCAUAUCCAAGAGCAUGGAAUUUUAUAGAGGAGCUAAUCUAGGUGACUAUAACAUGAAAUUGCACUUGCAAAGAGCUUUUCUAGCGGAAGUUUUAGAUAUGAGGUAUAUAAAGAUAGACCAUCUAGGUGCAGUGGAAAAGAUGCUAAGGCACCGAAAAGCUCUUAUCUUUAUUGAUGAUUUGGAUGAUCAAGACGUGCUAGAUGCCUUAGCGGGAAGAACUCAAUGGUUUGGAAGUGGGAGUAGAGUCAUUGUGGUUACAAAAGAUAAGCAUCUUUUAAGGGCUCAUGGCAUUGAUCACAUUUACGAGGUACAUCUCCCUUCUUAUAAACUCGCUCUCCAGAUGUUUUGUCGGUCUGCCUUCAGAAAGAAUUCUCCACCUGAUGGUUUUAAAGAGCUUGCUUCUGAAGUUGUAUUCUGUGCCGGUAGCCUUCCAUUGGGUCUUGACGUUUUGGGUUCUAAUUUAAGGGGCAGGGACAAAGAAGACUGGCUGGAUAUGUUGCCGAGGCUUCGAAAGUGUUUGGAUGGAAAGAUUGAGAGAACACUAAGAGUCAGCUAUGACGGGUUAACUAACAAGAAAGAUAAAGCAAUAUUUCGUCACGUUGCAUGUCUUUUCAAUGGGAGGAAAGUUGAUCACAUUAAACUGCUACUAGAAGAUAGCAACUUGGAUGUUAAUAUUGGGCUUAAGAAUUUAGUUGAUAAAUCUCUUAUCCAUGAAAGAUACAAUUCUGUGGAAAUGCACUCUUUGCUACAAGAAAUGGGUAAAGAGAUCGUCCGUACACAGUCCGAUGAACCUGGAGAACGAGAAUUCCUUAUGGAUUCGAAGGAUAUUUGGGAUGUACUUGAAGAUAAUACUGGUACCAAAAGGGUUUUGGGUAUAGAGUUGAUGAUGGAUGAGACUGAUGAACUUCAUGUACAUGAGAAUGCCUUCAAAGGGAUGCGUAAUCUCCGUUUCCUAGAAAUUUUCGGAUGUAACGUUGUUAGAUUGCACUUACCCAAAAACUUCGACUAUUUGCCUCCUAGUCUCAGAUUAUUGUCUUGGUAUGGGUAUCCGAUGAGAUGUAUGCCUUCUAAGUUCAAUCCUGAAAAUCUCAUCAAGCUUGUGAUGCGUGAAGGCAAUCUCGAGAAGCUGUGGGAAGGAGUUGCGUCACUUACAUGUCUCAAGGAAAUAGAUUUGACCCUAUCUGAAAACCUAAAGGAAAUCCCAGAUCUUUCGAAGGCCAUGAAGCUCGAGAGGCUUUGUCUUGACUUUUGCUCGAGUUUACUGGAGCUUCCUUCCUCUAUUCGGAAUCUUAAAAAACUCAGGGAUUUGGAAAUGAAUUUUUGCACAAACUUGGAGACUAUUCCAACUGGGAUUUAUCUCAACUCUUUUGACGGCUUUGUUCUUUCUGGAUGCUCACGGUUGAGAAGGUUUCCUGAAAUCUUAACCAACAUCUCAGAGUCCUCUUCUAAUUUGAGUCUUGAUGUGCUUAACAUGACCAACCUAAAGAGUGAGAACCUAUGGGAAGGAGUGCAGCAGCCGUUUACACCCACUUUGACGAGGUUGUGUCUCUCGGAAAUCCCAAGUAUGGUGGAGCUUCCGUCUUCAUUUCAGAAUCUCAAUAAACUGAAGCAGUUGGACAUUCGAAACUGCAUAAAUCUGGAGACUCUUCCAACAGGCAUUAACCUCCAAUCACUCGAAUUUCUAGUUCUCUCCGGAUGCUCACGGUUGAAGAGUUUUCCUAAUAUCUCAAGAAACAUCCAAUACCUCAAUCUAAGCUUUUCAGCGAUAGAAGAGGUUCCUUGGUGGGUUGAGAAAUUCUCUAGGCUCAAAGAUCUAAAUAUGGCGAACUGCAACAACUUAAGGCGUGUAUCCCUAAACAUUUUAAAACUGAAACAUCUUGAGAAGGUUGACUUUUCGAACUGCAUGGCAUUGACUGAAGCUAAGUGGGAUGAUAGUCCAAGCCUUGUGGCAAUAACGCCAGACUAUGUUCACUCUAGUCUCCCUGACGAGGCUUCUUAUCUUCCUGACCGCUUUAUCUCAAUGGUCAACCUCAAUUUCGUUGGCUGCUUCAACUUUGAUCCUAAAGUUCUAUUUCAACCACAAACAGUUCCCAUGCAAGUAAUACUAUCAGGUGAAGAAGUGCUUUCAUAUUUCACUCACCGCACUACAGGAACCUCUCUCACCAAUAUCCCUCUACCUCACAUCUCUCCCUCCCAACCAUUCCUCAGAUUUAAGGCCUGCGCCUCGUGUGAAUUCCCUCUUGAUACAUUUGGUAUUAAUCAUUUCAAAAUUCAGGUACAUUUUCGGUUUAUAUGCAUAUCCGGGAAUCACUUUGAUCAUACUGAUUUGCCACGAGGAUUCUCAACAACGGGGUUGGGAAACCAUCUGGUUAUAUUCGACGGUUGUUUCCCUCUAAACAAAGACAUUACGCCUCUAGCUGAUCAACUUACGUACCAUCACAUGGAUAUACAAUUUCUUUUCAUAAAGGAAGACUGUGAGUUUCAAGUAAAAGGAUGCGGCAUACUUCUUCCCGAGAACGGUCAGUCACUGAGUAACCAAACUUGUAGACCAAACAUUCUUCCACAUGUUUUUGGAGGAAGCACAAGCAACAAUGGUUAUUUGGGAGGCCAUGAGACCGUACACAGCCAAGAGUGUGGAGAUAGCGCUCUGGAGAGUAAUCCAGAUAAAAAUAUUUCACAUGUUUUUGAAGCUGAUGAAGGCAAUGUUGUUAAUGAUGGAUGCCAUGUGUCUGACCAAAUUAACGAAUCUGUAGAGACAUUGAGAAACAGCAAGCGCAUGCGGACUACGUGAAGAAACACUGGAUCUUAGAUUGUAAAUCUUCGAUAAAUUUUACCUUCAUGGAUGUUUUGCUGAUUCUAAAGCAACAACAAGAUACUAGCUAGGAGGAUAGCUAAUGAAUUUCAUAUUCAUAGAAUUGUUGUUUGCUCGGUGAAGUUUUAAAAGAAACGUGUGUGUGGCAUUGGACAAAGGUCCAAACUGUGAGUACUGAGAUAUAAUCAAAAUUGUCCGUGUGGCUGUGGAUCGAUCA